AUGGAGGAAACCGAACUCGCGUUACUUCUGGCUGAAAACGGCGGGAGCAUCGCUUCCCUUCGAAAGUACGAUUCUCAAGCGAAAUCCCCAGACGUGAAAGAUGUAAACACCCCGGAUAAUUGGGUGGCGCGACAUCCAAAUCUGGUCAGAUUGACCGGAACGCACCCGUUCAAUUGCGAACCGGAUUUGAAAACGUUAGAAGAAAGCGGGGACGUGACGCCGGCGAGUUUACAUUUCGUGAGGAACCACGGGGCGGUACCGAAUUUGACUUGGGACGCGCACCGGAUCGUGGUGGAGGAUUGGAGUUCAACGUCUUCGAGUUCGAGUUCGUCUUUGAAACCGAAGAAACCGAAGAAGUCAAAAACGUUCACCAUGAAGGAUAUUUGCGCCUUGCCGAAAGUGACGAAGCCGGUUUUACUCGUCUGCGCGGGAAAUAGACGAAAAGAACAAAACAUGCGGAAGAAAACUAUCGGGUUCAACUGGGGCGCCGCCGGAUUAUCAAACUCGUUGUGGACCGGCGCGCCGUUGCGAGAGGUGUUGUUUAAACUCGGCGUUAAAGAACCGAAAGAAGGUUUGUUCGUCUGUUUCGAAGGACCCGAGCGCGAGCUGCCGAAAGGGGAGUUAGGCACGUACGGGACGAGCAUUCCGUUGCACAAAGCGUUGGAUCCGAGUCAAGACGUGAUGAUCGCGUACAUGCAAAACGGGGAGAAGUUGAAGCCGGAUCACGGGUUUCCGGUGAGAUUAAUCAUUCCCGGGUACAUAGGUGGGAGAAUGAUUAAAUGGUUGUCCAAGAUUACAAUCACCUACAAAGAGAGCGAUAACUUUUACCACUUCCGGGAUAAUCGAAUUUUACCUCCGCACGUGGACGAGAAACUCGCGGAUUCGGAAAACUGGUGGGAGAAACCGGAGUAUAUUUUCAACGAGCUGAACAUCAACUCGGCGGUGACGUCGCCGGCGCACGGCGAACACAUACGAUGCAAUUACGAACUCAACUCGGACGAGAAAGAGUAUUUAGUGAAAGGGUACGCGUAUACCGGCGGCGGGAGGAAAAUUACGAGAUGCGAGAUAUCUCUGAACGGCGGAUAUACUUGGGAGUUGUGCGACAUUCACCGACCGUCGAAACCGACGGCAUACGGGAAACACUGGACGUGGGUGAAAUUUUCCAAACUCGUCGAACGGAGUCGACUGGUUGAAUCCUCUGAAAUCAUAUGCCGCGCGUGGGACGAAGCGAACAACACCCAACCGAGAGAUUUGACGUGGAACUUGAUGGGUAUGGGGAACAAUCCUCAGUUUAGAGUGAAAACGAGUGAAGUUGAAUUUUUAGGAAAACGAUUCGUGAGAUGCGAACACCCGACGGAGCCGGGGACGUUGAAAGGCGGGUGGAUGGGACACACCGCGGGUGAGUGGGAGCCAGUGAUUGAGCAAUUGGACGGUCAAAGAGAAGGGGAGGAGAUUGAUUUAACUUUGCGAUCAGCGGCGGCGAAACAGACAAGAGAGAUUGCGAGCGUCGUCGGCGCAUCCAACGUCGUCGAAGGAGUGAAACCGCCGCCUUCGGAGGAGCAAAAGAGAACAGAAUCUCCAAUAUCCAUCAUCCCAGCAGAUGCGAAAUAUUACACCGAAGAAGAAGUCGCCAAACACAAUUCCGAGGACGAUUGUUGGAUCAUCGUGAAAGGGAAAGUGUACGACACGAACGCGUAUUUGAAGGAAGGUUUACACCCGGGCGGGAACGCGUCAAUCACCAUGAACGCCGGCGAAGACACGACGGAGGAUUUCGAGGCAGUGCACUCCGCGAAAGCGUGGAAGCAAUUGGAACCGUAUUACAUCGGCGAGGUUGGCGUGAAGCCGUCGUCGUCAUCCUUGUCUGACGUCACGAAUCUCGUCGCGAGCGGCGUUGGUGAAGUCGUGAAAGAAGUCGUGGAAGAAGAGAAGAACAAGAAGAAAGUAUACCCGCCGACGCCGACGACCGGAAACGUCGAUUUAGUCAAGCACUGGCAAGAAAACAAAGACGUCUACGGGGACAUCGUUUUAGGCGAAGAAGCUGAAGCGUUGGCGUUUGAUCGCAUGUGGGCGGGCGCGUCGCACCCGGUAGACGACGCGAAGAAUCCGCUCGGAUGUAGCCCGAAGAAGUGGAUCCCGCUGAAAAUCGAAAAGAAGGUGCCGCUUUCGCACGAUUGCGUUUUGCUUAGAUUACAACUGGAAUCUCCCGAACACCAAGUCGGGAUACCAGUCGGUCAGCACUUAUAUUUAAGAGGUGAGUGGAAAGGUAGAAAAGUCAUGAGAGCGUACACGCCGUCGUCUUUGAACGGCACAUUAGGCGCGGUGGAGUUUGUCAUCAAGAUAUACUUCUCCGGCGCGAACGAGAGUUACCCGGAAGGCGGCGCUUUGACGCAGUAUUUGAAUCAACUCAACGAAGGCGAUACUAUCGACGUCAAAGGUCCGAUCGGUCACAUCGUUUACGAGAAUGGCGGUAAAUUAAUCAUCGAUAAAAAAGUUCGCGCGAACCCGGUGAAGAAGAUGACGUUGAUGGGCGGCGGUACCGGCGUCGCGCCGAUGUUGCAACUCAUCGUAGCUAUUUUGAGCGACCCGACGGAUGAAACCGAAAUCGUAUUUAUUUACGCAAACAAAAGCGAAAAAGACGUUCUGUUGAAAUACACUUUGGAUCGAUUAGAGCGAGAACACCCGAAGAGGUUUCGAAUGCACUAUUUGAUUUCAAAAGCGGUGGAUAAAAGCUACGAGUCUGAUAUCGCCAAAGGUCGCAUGCAAGUCGGACGAAUUUCAAAGAAGAUCAUAGGUUUACACGGUUUUGAUACCUCUAAAGAUGGAACGUCUGUCGCCGUCAUGUGCGGUCCGCCGGCGUUUGAAGAAGACGCGUGCAUUCCCGCGUUGAAAGAGCUUGGAUUUAUGGAUGAGGACAUCAUACGAUAUUAG